CGGGGCGAAGCGGGGACCGGUCCGGUUCGGCUCCGCUCGGCUCCGUUCGGCCCCGCUCGGCCAUGGCGAAGCGGGCGGCGCUCCCCGCCGCGCCCCUCGGGGACGAUUUCUCCUUCGUGAGCCCGGUGGCCAAGUACGUGCUGUUCUUCUUCAACCUGCUCUUCUGGAUGAUCUCCAUGGUGAUGGUGGCCGUGGGGGUGUACGCCCGGCUGCUGAAGCACGCAGAGGCGGCCAUGGCGUGCCUGGCAGUGGACCCUGCCAUCCUCCUCAUCGUGGUGGGCGUCCUCACCUUCCUCAUCACCUUCUGCGGCUGCGUGGGCUCCCUGCGGGAGAACAUCUGCCUGCUGCAGGUGUUCUCCGUCUGCCUGACCAUCAUCUUCCUCCUGCAGCUGGCGGCCGGCGCGCUGGGCUUUGUGUUCUCUGAUAAGGCCCGCGAGAAGGUCAGCGAGCUCAUCAACGGGGCCAUCGUGCAUUACCGGGACGACCUGGACCUGCAGAACCUCAUCGAUUUCGGGCAGAAGGAGUUCAGCUGCUGUGGGGGUGUCUCCUACAAGGACUGGUCCCAGAACAUGUACUUCAACUGCACGGCCACCAACCCCAGCCGCGAGCGCUGCUCCGUGCCCUUCUCCUGCUGCCUGCACGAUGCUGACCAGGCUGUCAUCAACACCAUGUGUGGCCACGGGAUGCAGGCCAGGAGCUACCUGGAGGCCAGUGCCUUCAUCCACACCAACGGCUGCAUCGACAAGCUGGUCAACUGGACCCACAGCAACCUCUUCCUGCUGGGGGGCGUCGCCCUGGGGCUGGCCCUGCCCCAGCUGGUGGGCAUCGUCCUGGCACGGCUCCUCAUCAACCAGAUCCGCGAUCAGAUCAAGCUGCAGCUCUACAACCAGCAGCACCGGGCAGACCCCUGGUCCUGAGCCCGCACCCUCCCGGCGGCACGGCGGCGCUCCGGGGCCGUUCCCGAGCCCCGGCUCCGCGGGGACAGCCCGAGGGGCUCCGCUGCACCACAGGGAACGCAGAUCUGCGCUGGCUGCACAGGAGACUCCGUGCCUUUGGCAGCCGCUGCUGGGCUCGGCCUGGAGCUGCUGAGCUGAAGCAGCGCCGGGGAAUCGCUGUCUGUCCGUCCGUCCAUCCGUCCUGCUGGCGCACAAAGCUUCGCACUGGGAUGUGCUUCCCCUCCCCGCGAGUGCUGGAGAAGGACGUCUGUCUGUCUGUCUGUGUGUCCGUGCACCGAGCUGCCUUCGCCCAGGCCGGGGAUGUCCCCGCCGUGUCCGGGUGUCCGUCUCGGUGCCGCUGGCCUCGGGCACAGCCGAGGGGACCGAGGGGUGCCGGGCUGUGCCCGUUCCUUGCCUUUCCCGGACAAUAAAGACGCGAGGCCGCACGCUGCGGGCUGUGCCGGCCUGCAGAGGCCGCGGGGACACGGCGGCGCCUGAGGGGACACCGAGGCCGCGCCAGGCCCUGCGCUGCCGUGAGACCCCAAAACGAGAGGAGAACGCGGCUGAAGGGCCUGGCCCGGCCCCUCGGAGCUGUCGCAAACCGUGGGUGGAGUUUUUGGGGUUGGAUGUUUAGUUUUGUUUUUAUUUUUUUUUUCUUUUAAUGUUCCCUUCGGCUCGGGCUGGGUGGUCCCUCCCGCGGAGGGAGCCGGGAUGCGGCCCAGCGCCCGGCUCUUUGUGUGCGGCCGGGACGCUUCUCUCUCAUAAAAAACCCUUUUUUUGGCUUUUUUCCUCCUCAAAAUCCGCCUCAUCCCCCCGCCGAAACGGGAUUUCUUCCCCCAACAGCGAUUGCUUCUCCGAGCAAGGGCACCUCCCAGCAAAAAAAGUGAUUUUUCCCCCUCCAAAACUCACCUUCUUUCCCCAAACCUUCCCCUCUGAAGAGCUACUUCUUGCCCAAAAAUGCAAGUUUACUCUAAGAAGUAGCUGCUCUCCAAAAAAAUUACUUUUCCCCCUCAAAAUCCCCAUCUUUUCUCCUCAAAAUCAACUUCUCUUCCCCCAAAAGGGACUUGUCUCCAAAAACAACUUUUCUUUUGUGCCCCCCCAAACUGAUUUUCUCUCCCCAAAAAAAGUAACUUACCCCUAAAAA